UCUUGGUUGAGGGAGAAGGAGGAGAGUUGUUGGGUCUUUUUUCUUCUCAUUGUUUGGCCCUAAAGUUUAUGAUAAACAUGAGCAGGAUAUGGAGGAGCCAGAGGAGAGAAACACAGUCUUGGCGAACAAUACUAUAAAGACGCAAUGGAGCAGUGCCACAACUACAACGCCCGGCUGUGCGCCGAGAGGAGCGUUCGCUUGCCCUUCCUAGACUCGCAGACCGGAGUGGCGCAGAGCAACUGCUACAUCUGGAUGGAGAAGCGGCACAGGGGACCAGGUUUGGCAUCUGGCCAACUCUAUUCGUAUCCGGCUCGGCGCUGGAGGAAAAAACGCCGCGCUCACCCUCCUGAGGAUCCCAGGCUUUCCUUCCCUUCCAUUAAACCAGACACUGAGCAGACGCUCAAGAAAGAGGGCUUGAUCUCUCAGGAUGGGAGCAGCUUGGAGGCUCUCUUGCGGACGGACUCUCUCGAGAAGCGCAGCCUGCCGGACCCACGCACGGAUGAAGACAGCCUUGGUGAAUUCCCCAUCACCAACAGUCGCGCACGAAAGCGCAUUUUGGAACCCGAUGAUUUCUUGGAUGACUUGGAUGACGAAGACUACGAAGAAGACACUCCAAAACGAAGAGGCAAAGGCAAAGCCAAGGGCAAAGGCGUGGGGUCUGCCCGAAAAAAGUUGGAUGCCGCUAUUUUGGAAGACCGAGACAAACCUUAUGCCUGUGACAAUAGUAACAAACAAAAGCAUACCUCGAAACCUCCUGACCGAGUAUGUGGUAAGCGCUACAAGAACCGUCCCGGGUUGAGCUACCAUUACGCACAUUCUCACCUUGCCGAGGAGGAAGGGGAGGACAAGGAAGACUCUCAGCCCCCCACACCUGUCUCUCAGAGGUCCGAGGAACAAAAAUCAAAGAAAGGCCCCGAUGGCUUGGCCCUGCCUAACAAUUACUGCGACUUCUGCCUGGGGGAUUCAAAAAUCAAUAAGAAAACAGGGCAACCAGAGGAGUUGGUUUCCUGUUCAGACUGCGGCCGAUCAGGACACCCUUCUUGCCUGCAAUUCACACCAGUCAUGAUGGCGGCGGUGAAGACCUACCGCUGGCAGUGCAUCGAAUGCAAGUGCUGCAAUAUCUGCGGAACCUCCGAAAACGAUGACCAGCUGCUCUUUUGUGACGAUUGUGACCGUGGGUAUCACAUGUACUGCCUCACACCGCCCAUGUCAGAACCUCCUGAAGGGAGCUGGAGCUGCCACUUGUGUCUGGACUUGCUGAAGGAGAAAGCCUCGAUCUAUCAGAACCAGAACUCCUCCUGAUGGGCCUUGGAGCUGCGGAGGGGGAAAGGGAGGUCAAGAGGAAGAGGCGCCUUGGGUUGCCUGCUGCGUCACAGGGCUUUCCCCCCUUCUUCUUUGUCUUGAUUUGGUCGCCUACAUCCUGCUCUUCAUCCGGGUCUCCAUCUUGCCCACAGCCUUUUCAGGGUACAGGCCUCUGCCCCGUAGCUUUUGCCCUGUGUUUGAGAUAUCCACGGUCCCUUCCUUGACAGGCUAGUUUAGAAGCACCGAGUGGAAAAUCACCAUAUCUACGGCCUUAAUAUUCCAAGAGAAAACCCAUAGGAAGGGCAGCCUAUUGUGCUGUUCUAUCCAACAGACAACUGUCAAGUUUCCCUCUUAAAAAUAAUAUUAUUUUUCAAAAUCUUUUUGCGUUUUUCUCUGUUCUGCUCCCACUUCAGUUUGCGAGGAAAACGACAACAAAUAGUCCAUUUUUAAGGGAUUUGUUAUGUCCCAAACAUGAGUAACCGCCGAUCCAGCACCAAAACAGCAAUCUCUGAAAUCCCAAGUAAACACUGUAUAAUACUUACUAGAAACCAAGAUGGGCUACUGCUAUGGACCAGGACUCGAUGUGUUGUCGAAGGCUUUCAUGGCUGGAAUCAUUGGGUUGCUGUGAGUUUUCUGGGCUGUCUGGCCAUGUUCCAGAAGCAUUCUCUCCUGACGUUUUGCCCACAUCUAUGGGAAGUGUCCAACUUUUUUUUAAGUCUGCUCGUAUGCCCUUCCACAAACACCAGUAUCACCUUCCAUUUAUGUCCCAACAUUAUUUCCAAUUUUAACUCUACAUUUGGCCUUCUCACUGUUUUUAAUUAUGUGUUGUUUUAUUGAUAAUGUUGUGUAUUUUAUUGUCUGUGCUUUUAACUGCUUGUAUGGAUGUUUUAUUGCUUUUGUUGUUGUGUUGUGGGCUCAGCCUCAUGUAAGCCGCACCGAGUCCCUUGGGGAGAUGGUAGCGGGGUACAAAUAAAGUAUUAUUAUUAUUAUUAUUAUUAACAUGUGACCCAAUACAACAGCCAGCAGAGUGUCUGCUGUGGACUCAUCUUGCUGUGUUUCAAAUAAUAAUAAUAAUAAUAAUAAUAAUAAUAAUAAUAAUAAUAAUAAUAAGUUUCUCCCACAUCUAUGGCAGGCAUCUUCAGAAGUUGUGAAGUCUGUUGGAAACUAGGCAAGUGGGGUUUAUAUACCUGUGGAAUGAUGUCCAGAGUGAGAGGCAAGUGUGAAUGCUGCUAUUGAUCACCUUGAUUAGCAUUGAAUGGCCUUGCAGCUUGGUUCUUCCUGCCUGGGGGAAUGCUUUGUUGGGAAGUGUUAGCUGGUCCUGAUUGUUUCUUGUCUGGUAUUUGACUGCUGCUCUUUCUUUACUGUCCUGAUUUUAGAGGGUGUUUUAAAUAUUGGUAGCCAGAUUUUGUUCAUUUUCCUGGUUUUCUCCAGAUUUUGUUCAUUUUCCCGGUUUUCUCCAGAUUUUGUUCAUUUUCCCGGUUUUCUCCUUAUUUUGUUCAUUUUCCCGGUUUUCUCCUUAUUUUGUUCAUUUUCCCGGUUUUCUCCUUAUUUUGUUCAUUUUCCCGGUUUUCUCCUAUUGAAAUUGUCCACAUGCUUGUGGAUUUCAGUGGCUUCUCUGUGUCGUCUGACAUGGUGGUUGUGAGAGUGGUCCAGCAUUUCUGUGUUCCCAAAUAAUAUGCUGUGUCCAGGUUGGUUCAUCAGGUGCUCUGCCAUGGCUGACUUCCCUGCUUGAAUUAGCCUGCAGUGCCUUUUAUGUUCUUUGAUUUAUGUUUGGGCAAUAUAGCGUUCUGUGGUCCCUAUGUAGACCUGUCCACAGCUGCAUGGUGUACAGUAGACACCUUCAGAGCUAAGAAACUCCCUCUUGUUCUUUGAUUAAUGUAGCAGUUGUUGGAUUUUCUUAGCAGGUCGGUAGCUUGUUCGUAUGUUGUGUUUGUUCAUCAGCUUCCCUAUGCGUUCAGCCAUUGAAAUCAACAAGCAUGUGAACAACAGCAACAACUAUAAUCUUUAGGGGACCCGGGGUGGCUUAUAUGAGGCCAAGAACAAAAUGAACAAAAUCUGGCAACCAGUAUU